AUGCGGAUCGCGAGAGGUGUUUUGUUCUGGCUGCUCUGUGUGAACUUUUGCUGGUGCCACUUAUCCAUCGGUGCGCUGCGGGCGGUACGAGCGAUUUCCGUGUCUGAGGAAGUCUCGCUUCCAGGGUUUCGCCUCUUUCCUCGGGUUCCUCAGUCUGAGGCGAGUACUAUUUUCUUUCGGGAUCUGCUGCUCCCGAAAAAAACUUACAGUAUCGACUGGAGCGCGGAAGCUUCGAGCCGAUCGCUGACGAGUGGCUUGCGCAAUGAUAGAGGCACGUUUACGACAAGCGAGGGAAACGUUACGUACGUGCAGACGUUGCGGGACGCUGACGGACACCUCUAUGUGUGUCGUGUACCAGCAGAUGAGCCUGCAACGCCCAACAACGUUGAGACGGUAUCCAUGGAUGUGGAAUCGGAGCCUACCAUCGAUCUGGACGCGGCUCUGCAGAAACAGCUGAAGGACAAGUGCUUCUACCGGCAGGGAGGUUGGCGGGUGUUCGAGUUCUGUUUUCACAGGCACGUGCGCCAUUUUCACUGGGAGAGACGGCGCUCGAUGCCUGCAGAGCGCGAGCGAAUUCGUGCGGAGAUUGAACAACUUCUGAAGGAGCACGUUUUCCCCGAAGGCCCGAAUGGCGAACCUGGUAGAAAACGUUUCCUGCGGCUGCUGAUACAGGCUCAACAAAUACCACCUGACGGGAGCCUGAACCUCAUCAUCAAGGACGAGGUCUGCAUGGGCAUGUACGAUGAAGCACUCGACCGCGAAAGGAUACGUAACGGCACGAAUUUGAUCACCAGUGGUGCCUUUUUCAGCGGGCGACGCUGGCAGGCACCCCCGCAAGCAACCAACGGUGCUGCGUCGCGCGUCGACCGUGGGUCGGACGCUGAGUACCGCCUGGAAUCCGAUGGACGUGUGCUCCCAGUUGCAGGGGAAGGUAUCGGAAGCGCCGUCGCUUACUUGGUGCAACCGUAUACGAGAGACGGGGAUCAUUGCGACAUAACAGGACGUCCACGCCGCACGAUGGUACGCUACCGUUGCAUUGAGGAUGUUCCGCGGAUUGCAAUUUUCGAUCCAUCCCCCGUGGUAAGCUCGUUCAUUGCCUCCGUGCAUGAGCGAAGCACCUGCGAAUACGACCUCGUUUUUGUGACGGAUGCGGUCUGCUCACAUCCAGCUUUUGUUUCACCUGCACGCCAUUCGGUGCCCGUUGUAUGCGAACGCAUGUCAUCUGAGAUGGAAGCGAUAAACAUUUCGCCGGGUAGCGCGCAGCAUCCUGCUCUGCAUCGUAGUUGA